AUGCAGGCUGGCUGUUUGGGUUCCGCGCGACAUAGCUGCUCCGACCCGCGUACUGUUGCUGCAACAUCGACUGCAGCAAAUAUAACAGCGGUUGAUGGUAAUACGACUUGUAUCACUCCUACAGGAGAAGCAGCGGCAACGGGUGAAAGAGCGACACCAAGUCCAUUCCCCAUGGGUAGAACAGCAGCAGACACUCCCUCAGCACCAGCAACACCCGAAGUAAGAAUUAAGACUGCUACCUUGCCUGCAACAUUUGCGACGGAUGCUGCUAUGACAACUCCUGAAGAUGCGCCCAGUGUUGAGCGUGGAGAAGUGAGUGUAGCAGCACCGGCAGGUACAGAUGCAGCAAAAGCUGCUGAAGAAGCAGUAAUAGCUGAGGUAGUCAAUGGUGCAGUCAGUGGGGCAAAAGUGGAUGAUGCAAUCGGCCUGUACAUGGAGGACCCCAGUAAUUUUUCUCCAGUCGCGUCUAGAAGAAAUUCCACAGAUUCACCCGUAUCUUGCCCACUCCCCCUAAGCGCGGCGGCAAUAGGCGGCCCCUGGGCCCCCUACGCAAGCAUUAAGGUGUGGCAUUCUCCUUCAUUGUCCCCAGUAGAUAACCAAACAAAGUCUCCUGAGGACUUACCAGGGGCCCCACCAGAAGAGGCCUCAGCGAAACCGCCUAGAGGGUCUCCUGCUAAAUCCUUCGAAGAAACAUGCUUGGGGCUCCCUUCGGAUAUCCCAAGGAACUCAUCUGAAAAGUGCUCUUUGGAGGCUGAAGCGGCAUGCAGGCUCCACCCCAAUACCCCUUCAAAGGAACCCCAAAAAGAGGCUCCCGGGGACUCUUCGGAGAAGGCUGUUACGGAGGGCUGUGAGUCCAGCGGGUUGGGCGACUCUGUUGGAGCAGUUACUAAUGCAUUUUUGGAAUGGUGCAGCUGGGGAGACUCAUCUAAAUUCCGAGGGGUUCCUGGGGGCCGCAGCGACGGCUGGGGCGCCAGAAAACAAAUUUUUGAGGGGCUUGUGGAAAGAUGUCAGAGACAGCAGCUGGAACUACAGGGACAGCUACAACAACAGCUACGGAAGCAGCAGCAGCAGUCGAAACGCGAAGCGGAACAAGGGGAGAAGCCUCAGCAGCAGCAACGAAGGGCGUCAGAGUUACCGAGAAGACAAGUGACACAGCAGCAAGAUGUGCCGUUGUUGCAACCGAUCGAUGCGACAGGCAACAAGCAACAGCAGCAGCAACAGGGUGAAAAACAGCCUCCAAAGAAGGUUCAUGAGGAGAAGCAGCCGCACGUGCAACAGGGCGAAGACCAGCAGCGACAACGGCGACGGUCCUACCAACAAUUUUCCCGCCGUAUUCGUUGCAUGCCUUCCCUUGUUGAGGCCUUUCUGAUUCUCGGGCCUUCAACAGCUAGGCCUGUCUUGGAUUGCUGUGUCGGCGAUUACUGCGAACAGCAGAAGCAGAAGCUCAGCAGCUGCUGUUGCGACGCUAACACCUUUCAGCAAUCCAGAGAUGUGGCGUGUACUGCCGCUGCGGCCGCUGUUCCUGCUGCUGGAGAGAAGUCGGAGGCUUCUACUAGCCAGGAGCCUCUGCCAGACAAACAGCAUCAACAGCAGGAGGAACUAAGCCCAGCAGAAAACACGAAUGAAGGUACACAGCUGAGCAGCAGUGGUAGAAGCAGCAGCUACGGCAGCAUCGACGAUCUGCUGCAGCCUCGCGUCUGGUGGUGCUGCACCGGUAAGAACGUCCCCUGCCUGUUUCCCAAAGGCAUUGUUCCUCCGAGGAGCAACAGUUGUGGCAGCAGAACGAGCAUUGACAGUAAUAAGAGCAGAAGUAAUAGCAGCCGCUGCUGCUCUAGCUCUGUCUGCAGCUCGAGUAGAGUGCACAGCUGCGGCUCCAGCAGAGUGCACAGUUUGUGCAGCGUUUCACAAGGAUGCGCAUGGGCUCCCUCUGCUGCUGCCGCAAACUACGGCAGCAACAGUAACGCAUCAUUGACACAACAGGCUAUAGGGAGCAGUAGCACGUACGGAAAAAGUAGCAGCAGCAGCAGAAGCCGCAGUUACUGCAUUCGCAGCUGCUGCAGAAAGCAGGUAGAUUCCUGCAGCAGAAGCGCAAGCAGAGGCAGUAGCAAUCACAAAGGGAAGGUGUAUGCUGCGCACAUCGAUGCAGUAAAUGCGGAAGGAGAAUCAAAGGUCUCUUGCUCACAUUUAAGGACAAAAACGAUGCAGCGAAGGAGCUGCAGGUGCAACAGUUGCUUUAGCGGCUGCAGCAAGCGUAGCAUCAGCGAUACACAUCUUUUUUGCAGUAAGGAGCUGACAAGACGUCGCAGCACAAGUUGGCCUGAGGCUGGAAGCGAGACCCUCACGGCUACCAGAGGAGCAGAUGCUGGUGAUGUUACGACAUCUGAAACAAAACCAGCAGCAAGCCCAACAGCGAACGUCAAGACAGCAACCGGCGCAGCAGAUGCACCAGCAGCUGCAGCAGCGGCUGAAGAGAAUCCGGAGGCUGAGCGUAGGUCAAAGCAACACUCGUCUGCUAUUGUCUGUUGCAGAGUCCGCAGCGUCGACUCCUGCAACAACAGCAACAACAGCAACUGGGGCAGCAGCAGCUCUUACAAAGGGACCUCGAGGAGCAUGCAAGGCUGCUGGAGCUGUGGUUACAUCCCGAGCUUCGAUGUAGCCGUCACACGCGAGGGCAAGCCCAAGAUCGUAAUUGUGCGAGAGGUGGAGGCGGAGAGAGCAGAAGCACCAAGGGAAUCGCCAAAGGCAGAAAGUGCAGAAGAGUCCGCAACAGCAUGGGCUGGGGCAUGUACACCAGAAGAGGGAGGCUCUGACGCUUCGUGGCUGCCACCGGAGGUCCCUCCCGCAGCAGAACUAUUCUGUUUCCCUAAGGGUGCAGCGCAUGUGCUCCCUCUCAGCAGCGGCUGUCUCUGCACGCUGCUGAAGCCGCAGCAGCAACGACUGGUUGCUGCAGCACCGCUGUGCAGAUCUCCUUGGCAUUCAUACUACCCGGAUGCCUUACAGGACCUGCUGAGCUCACCAGUACAAGCGGCACCAACAGCAGCCGCACUGGCCUCAGAGACAACGCUUGCAGUAUCACAAACUGAGGUCCCGCAGACAGCAGCAACAGCCCCAUCAGCGACAACCACAACAGCGGGAACAGCACCUGCAUGCAAUCCAAGAUGCAUGUGCGACUGGGGUGGGUGCCCCUGCGCAUCUCUGUUGCGAGUGCAUUCUCCGACGUCUUCUGUUUUCGUCUUGACGGACUUUCAGGGCCGUCGUUUGUAUGGACACUGCCUCCGUUUUUUCGAACUCGUAGCUAUGGAGAUGCCUAACAACAACAGCUGCAGUCCUGUCAAUGGGGGCAGCAAAUGCACCCCUGCAGCACAUGCAGAGGCUCCUGAUGAAACUGCAAGGAAGCCAGAAGGUGAAGCGCAGCGAGAAGUGGAAAAGGUGGAGGGGGAAGAAUCAGCUGCAGGAACACGAAUUACAGAUGCAAGGCCUGCAGAUGCUGUGGCAGACUCCUGUUGCAGUAAGCCACCUCUGUUGUAUGUGGAGAGAGCAUUCUGCAUACUAUCUGAGCUUCCCUUCUUUGGGGCUUUUCAUGAGUGGCUGUGGUGCACGUACACUUCAUACGCUGCACUCUGCCAAACUACUGCAUGCGCUUCUGGGGGCCGCAUCGUACUGCAGAAGCAGCAGUACGUCCAGCAACAGCUCUUACUGGCUUCACCUUUGCUGUAUCUGCAGCAACAAGCGGAAAGGCUGGUGGCUGAAACGCCAGCUCCAGUGGCGGCGCACAUAUGGCAGGUGCUGCCGCUACAGCAAUUUCAUAACUUGUACAGCGAUAACAGCAGCUGCACUAAUGCUUUUACGAGAAGGAAUGGCAACAGCAAGCUUAGAAAAAACGACGGCUGUUCCUGCAACAAGCUGAAGAUUUCCGUUUCACUAUCAUCGGCGCGUGCCCUCCAUUUCGCGCUGCCCUCACCUGGAAGCUUGCCGCUGCUGCAACUUCCCCUUGUGGAUCUUCUAAAAUGUUUUCCCCUGGAAUUGCUGUUAUUAAUUUUGCUUUUGUUGCUCUGCGAGAAGCAAAUUGUCAUGCUCUCCGCAUCUGUCAACCGACUAAGCCUGCUUCCGUGCGCACUCACAGCCUUGAUGUAUCCUCUAAGGUACUCACAAGUUUUUGUCCCGCUGCUUCCGGCUCCUCUGGUACAUUUCGUUUCCAUGCCGCUCCCCUUCUGCGUGGGCAUGCUGACACCACAGCAGGAAAGGCAGGAAGCCACGGUUGAGCUGCUGCAGCCACCAGGAAAGAGUACCAGCAGCAGCAGCAAUUACCGGAGGCGCGGUGGCGCUCCCAGAGGGAGACCAGCACCACCCGCAGUUUAUGUGUGCACGCUUCCUGAUUUUUCAGCAGCCGCAACGAGUGCAGCAACGGCAACAGCAGGAACGAACAGCACCAGCAGUAACUACAACGGCAACUGCACGAAUACCGUGUCUGGCAACAUGCUAUACGCCAUCAAUAUGUUUGCUCAGUCUUUGGAUAGCUUUCCUCUUGGCGUUUAUUUGGUAGACCUGGACAAUUGCUCUGUCUCCCUCUCUCACGUUGCGUUCGCGACAGCAGCGGAGGACUCGCAGCAGCGCGAGUUACUGGGACCUUCCGCCACCGUAGCAGCAGCAGCUACAGCAGCGGAAGCAGCAGCAACAGCAGCAGCACCUGGAGCUGCGCCUUGGGGACUCCCCCCUCUGCCAAUAGCCAUGCUAGGGCAGCUCAUCUCGAGCCUUGUACCUCUACUUUGUGGAGAUUUAGUUGCGGCUGCAGCAGCAGCGGCUGCAGCAGCAGCAAUAGUAGACGAGAACUUGACCAGCCAGCAGCGGAAGAUGUUACAGCGUCACCAGCAGAAGCAGCACAAAAAAAGGAGACAACAGCAGCAACCGCAGAUUCCUGCAUUCCUUCCCUCCAAUUGGCUGUUGUUGCGAGAGAGCAUUGCUGCCCACACCGCACAAAAAGCAGCAGCAUACAGCGCACGUCGUGCUAGUAGUGGUUCUGGUAAUGUGAAUGGUGCCAGCAGCUUACGUGCGUCAGCAACAGCCAUGCAUCAACUUCAAGGCGCAACAAAGGGUGACCCUCUGCAGCUUUUGCGCACAAGCAGUACCAACCAACAGCAGCAACGGCUGUUGCUUAGCCCUUAUGGAAGGGGCUUGAGCAGCACUAGCUUCGGUGCCGCCGGAACCGCUGGUAUCGCGGGGACUGCAGGUGCUGGCAGCUGCAGGAACAGCAACAGUAAUGCAAGCCAGAGAGGUGGACCCUCGCGCACUCACAGUGGAGCUCUGCUGUCUGUUUUUCGGUUCUUGAAUCUCUUGCCCCCCGGAAAGACGGAGCAGCAGCAGCUGCAGCAGCAACAUGGCUUGCAAGUGCAGCUGCAACACUUACCACAGCCCGCCAAGCUGCAACUGCAGCAGCAACAACAGCACAGGAGAGACAACUGGCUCUGGAGGCUGUGGGGGCAGCGGCCGUCCGCCGCUGGUGCAGAAAUAACGGAUGCUGCAGCAGCAGCUGCCGCUGCUGCGUCAGCAGCGACAGUAGCAACGGGGCGCGGAGGACCGGGGCAGCCUGCACUUCUCCGUUAUUCAUCUGUUCCUGCUGGAGCGAAGGCUGCGGCUGCCGCUGCUGAUGUAACCACAUGGAUGCGGUCAAAGGAAUCAAAACAACGGCAGAAUGCGUGGCAGGAGAAGUUACAAGAAGUGCAACAAGAACAUCCAAAGCAACUGCAGUUAGAGCAGCUGGAACGACUGAAGCAGAUGGAGCCCCAUACACUAAAACAGGAGCAACCAAAGCAACCACAGGAAGAGCUGCACCACAAACUAAAGCAUGAGGAGCAGCAACAAAAGCAACAGGAGCAGGAUUACUUUCAGAAAUCAGACAAUUUCGUGCCCAUUACAGCUACAGGGGUUUCACCCACAACAAAGCUUGCUGCUUCGAGUGAAGCAGAAUCUGCUGAGGCUAUUGUUUCACAAGGGCACCAGCAUCGGCCCCUGCUGGAACGACAAUCAUUGUCGCUGCUGGAACAGAAACAACGGCCAGCGAUACCUAGCAAUCGGGGGCGGAGGGGAGUGUCGCUUUUGUGGCAGCGGCAAUGCAGAAGCAGUAGUGAAGUUUUUGAACGAAGUAAAGCUUGGGGCACAGGAACAAGGCCCUCAGCUGCUCCAGCAAGGGGCGUCACUGCACCGUCUACAGCUGCAGCAGCGUUAUCGGCGGCCAGCGACAGAGAUGAGCUAUGGGGCCCCGGCACUGCGAUCUCCUCAGCGCCAGCGACAUUCAUUGCUGCAGCAGGAGUGUAUGACGGCGCCGCUGCAGUGGCUUCUGCAGCGACAGAAUCGAGUAGUAACUUGCUCCCUGUGUGGCGUGAGUUUUCAGGAGUUUCCUUUGAGUCUUCUGAGGAAGGCGACACGUUGACUUUAUCAGCUGUCAACACUGGCACUCAGGACGUGCGUGCUACUACACCAGUUGCUGCUGCCCCCAGCAGUGGCAACGGCGGAUGUAUUUCCAAAGCACAGCAUUCGCCUUCUUCGCAGGCAGAGGCUGCAACGGAAAAAGAAGAAACAGAUAUGGCAGCAGCAGCCAAUGCGCUUCGUAUUGCUGCACUGAAACAGGCAAGCACUGUAUGCGCACUGCCCCAAAUUCACCCUCUGGAUUCAGCAGAAAACCCACUUGGGUUUUUCGGUGAUUGGAGCUCUUCCCUGGCUAUUGACACGUGCUGCCAGCAGCGGCAGGAGGAGCAGCAGCGAGUCCAGCAAAAGCAGGCGGACGCAGCAGCAGACGCAGCAGUUCGGGAGGCUUUCCUCCGUUUUUUUGUGGAGUUGCUGAGGGGUUGCAACACUUUCACAGGAUGUCGACGUGAGGGGCUUACAGUUGGGGCUCGUGGGGGCCCUUUUAAAGGCAAGGAAGCCUCUGCCCAUGCAAGCAGGUCAAGGGGACACGGGUUGCCCAAAGAAGCAGACCCUUUGGUUCAAGAAAUUUGCAGCACGCAAGCUUUCGCGAGCUUUUUACAGCUCCAGGAUGAGGCAAGGGCUGCGGAGCUGCCGGAGCUUCCUCCAGGAGUGCUUUUACAGAGGCACGCAGAGGCCCCAUACGGCGCUUCUCCUGGAACCUUGUGUGAAUCUGGUAAAGAUCCUUUGGGAGCUUUACGGGCUCAGAGUCCCCGCUCUGUUCGCGCCGAAAAGGAUGCAGCAGCUGCUGCCGCUUCCUACUGUAAGCCUUUCUGGGCCUGUGACCCCGAUGGGACGGCCCGUUGGAAAAACAGCAACAGGAGCCCCGUCAGCAGUGCAAAUCUCGCAACAGCAGCAACUGCUAAGACAAGAACAGAGGGUGCGACGCAGCCCGAGCCGACAGCUUCCCACAGUGUUUCCCAUUAUCCAUGGGGAUCUUGUGUCCCUUGCGGAGUUAAGUACACUGUCCCCGUCAGGCCGUACUCUGCAGCUCCCGCUGCUGUCUCGAGCAGCAGCAGUAGCACCAUGAAAAGCAGGGAUCACCUUCUAGAUGAGGGCAUGACUGUGCUGCUGCGGCCAAGGUGGCCUCUCUCGUGGCCUUCUGCCUCUCUGAGGGCUGCAAAGAAGUGCAUGUCAUCCAGACAAUCUAAACGCUCCUGGAGUAGCAGUAGCAGCAACAGAAUCGGCACUAGUAGCAACAACAGUGGCACUGAAAGCGGGCGCUAA